AUGUUCUGUGCAGCCAAGACCACUUCGUAUGAACUCCAGGAUGACCUUGACAGCUCAGUGAUCGAGAAAUGUACAAUGGAUAUCGAACAGCCCGUGUCCAGAGAAUAUGACGAUAGGUCAGAAGAGCUCAAAGGUCGAUUAAGAGAUUUGAGAGUACAAGUACAAGAAGCUAAAGUGGAUUGGUAUGUAGUACCGAGUGAAGAUGAGCAUCAAUCUGAGGAGAUUGGGGAAUCAGACAAGAGGAGAGAAUGGAUAUCAGGGUUUACAGGAUCAGCUGGAACAGCUUUAAUACCUUCUUCAUCUAUCGACUCGGAAGCUUUGUUGUUUGUAGAUUCGAGGUAUUGGAUACAAGCUGGACAGCAGGUCGUAGAAGGCUGGAAGGUUGUCAGGGUAGGUGCGAGUGGUGGAAGUGGGAAAGAUGCUGUAGUAGGUGGAUGGGUAGAAUGGUUAUUAGAGGAAGUCGGAGAUGGAUCCAGAAUAGGCAUUGAUCCCAAAUUACUUUCUAUCGAUCUCGCUCGAUCUAUCAAAUCACAUUUAGAAUCCUCAGAAUCAUCCACCAAGCUUAUUCCGCUCACAUCCGACUUAGUCGACAAGAUCCAUUCUCCCCCUGAGAGAUCGACAGCUCCAAUCAAUCAUUAUCCCAUAUCGUUCUCAGGUGAAAACACAUCAUCAAAAUUAGACAGAGUUCGAUCUGCUCUAUCGGAUCAUCUCACCUCUUCAUCUUCAUCUCGUCUGAGAUCAAGGGAAUAUUGGAUUUAUGUCUUACCGACUUUGCCUUCCGUAGCUUGGUUAUUGAAUUUUAGAUGUCCAUCGGAUAUACCAUUCUGUCCAGUCGCUUAUACCUAUCUGGUCUUGACACCUGAUAAAUGCGUGGUAUUUGUGGAUGAGAGGAAAAUAACAGAUGAAGCGUUGAAGGAAGAUUGGGAGAAAUCAGGUGUGGAGGUUAGACCGUAUGGAAUUGAAGAGGUCGGGAAAUACGUUAAAGAGCUCCAGCAAAGAGAUAGAGAUGAAACUAAGAAGAGACAGAAGAAAGUUUUGACCACGAGGGAAUGUAGUUGGGCAUUAGCAGAUGCAUGUAAAUCCGAUAUCGAGGUUAUCCCUUGUCCUGUCGACAGAUUGAAAGCGGUCAAAAAUGAGACGGAGAUUCAAGGUUUCAAAAAUGCUUAUCUACGUGAUGGCAGAGCUAUGGUACGUUGGAUAACAUGGCUUGAAAAGAUAUUGGUGCAAGAGAAGAAGAAAGUGGGUGAAUGGGCAGCUGCACAGACUUUGACGAGAUAUAGAAGGAGAGAAGAGCUAUUCGCUGGUCUGGCUUAUGAUGAUAUAUCGGCAUCGGGACCUAAUGGAGCCUUGCCUCACUAUGCUCCUAAAAGGGGAGAGGACAGAGUGAUAGAAAUCGAUUCUACUUAUGUCAUUGAUUCUGGAGCGCAAUAUCAAGACGGUACAAUCGAUACCACCCGUACAUUGUAUUUCGGUAAGACACCCUCACCUGAAGUCAAGCGAGCAUACACGAGAGUCUUGCAAGGUCAUCUGGCUGUCAGCUCAGCGAUCUUUCCUAGAGGUAUGACGGCGGAUAGAUUGAACAUGAUAGCUAGAGGGCCAUUGUAUCAGGACGGACUGGAUUUCGGACAUGGAAUAGGUCAUGGUAUAGGUACUUAUUUAGCUGUUCAUGAGAACCCGAUGUUCCCCAGAAACGGAGCAUUCGAACCUGGAAAUAUGACCAGUAUAGAACCUGGAUACUACAAGGAAGGCGAAUGGGGUAUAAGGAUCGAGUCUGUCAUCUUGUGUAAACCUGUUGAUACAUUGAAUGAUCAAUCCGGCCAUUUCCUCUCUUUCGAACGUAUCACACAAGUACCCAUUCAAACUUCCCUGGUGGAUUACAAGUUGUUGACUAAAUCCGAGAUCAGAUGGCUAAACGACCAUAAUACUUCUGUACAAGAACAAUUGAUGCCUCUUUUACAAGGUGACGAAGAUAAGGAAGUUAGGGAUUGGUUGAGGAGGAAUUGUAAACCCAAGAAGAUCUGGCCAUGGACUGGGGCGUAG